GUUGCAUAUGGUAAAAUUGACAUGGAAGAUGUAAACGCACAUCCGCAUACAGAGUCUAUAAUUGCUGAGGAAUAAACAACAAGCUUUCAUUAACGAAUACAAACGUUGAAUCGUUCAAUUUCUUGCUCUUGGGAAAUUCAUUGUGGCCUUUACGAAAGGAUAUUUUCUAGACAACAAAGCUAUUCACAAAAAUUCAAAGCAAUAGCAAAUCAUUCUACACCUGACUACAAAAAGCACCAAAGCAAAAUACUGGAAUUCGCGGUUGUAGUUUUUCUUUCUUCAAAAUGGCUACGUAUGAAAAAAUAAUUCUCGCUUUCUUCGCUCUCAUUGUAUGUUCUCGUCUUUCGGGAGCGACGAUGCUCGACGCUGUUUGCUACGAUGACGCCGAAUCCCUGUCCGAUGUCGCAAUGACAAAGAGUCUAUCCCUGGACGACUAUCGUGGCAAAGUCGUGUUGGUCGUCAAUACAGCUUCCUUCUGCACCUACACGUACCAGUACCCGUAUUUCAAUGAACUUAAGAACCAGUUCGGUGAUCAGCUAGCGAUCUUGGGCUUCCCCUGCAACCAGUUUUGGCUCCAGGAACCUGGGGUGGGCCAGGAGAUCCCUAACACCCUCCGGUACGUGCGACCAGGAGGUGGAUACCAACCCAACUUCUAUCUCAACAAGGAGAAGAUCGAUGUGAACGGACCUAAAGCUCACCCGCUCUUCAAAAAACUGAAGAACUCUUGUCCACCAGUCAAAAUGGAGAUCGGUGAUCCUUCCAAUCUGUAUUGGUCGCCUAUGACCAUCGGUGACGUCACCUGGAAUUUUAACAAGUUUCUCCUCGACAAAGAGGGCGUCCCUUUCAAGCGCUACGACUCUGUCGUCGAACCACUUCAGCUGGUCAGCGACAUCCAGCUUGUAGUGGACGGCGACUACAAAACGGUCAAGCGCCCCUCACGUCCAAAAUACGCCACUGAGGAGUUGUAAAACCUGUGCAACGUUUCACGAGACCGUCAUUAGUACAAGUUCGACGACAUCACAUUGAAAAAUUGUAUUGUAAUUAUCACGCGUUUCAACGGUGAACUUGUACUUAUGACGUUUUCGUGAAACGAUACACUGAUCUCGCCGCACCACGGAUGCUCUGACAUAAGGCCAAAUAAAAAUAAUGUCUAGUUUCUCGUCUCCUCCGGUGUCCCCUUUUCGGACGUCCUCAAUCAUUUUUGUAAUGAAAUGGCAUAAAUAACAAUCUGAUGAAAACUAGAAAAUGGGUCAACAAGUGAUAUAAUGCAAUUUCUCCUUGUUUUAUCCUCUGUAUAGUCACUGGCACUACUGAAAUUUGAAUUCGCAAUAUUCAUGUUGAAAUUGCCCCUUUAGUAUUUAUAUGCACAGAAACCAUAUCAAACAUCAAAUAACCUGAAACAUCCUCCUCCUAAUUUUACGAAAAAUCCGGAUAAGAAACUAGUAAUCAUUUACUUGGCCUAAGUACUACUCCCAACGACAACAGCUUUUUUCUUGGCCUUUUUGUUUCUUCGAAGAUAUAUAGGAUUCAGGUUGUAGUUAUAUGUUAGGUGCUAAGUGUUUGUGUUAUAAGGUUAAGUGGUCAUGGUUGGGAUUGAGGAUAUGAUUAGGUAUAGGGUUAGGGUUAGUUUAGGGUUAGCCGCAACCACACGCCCAUAGUCCCUGGGAAGCGUCGACAGAAUCAUAUAGGGUUACGAAUAACUUGUUACCAAGUGGUGGUGGUGGUGGUGGGGGGGGGGGGGUGAUGUAGAGGGCAGGGUAGUAAACCCCCGGAGUAAACCAUUAUGAUAUAAAGACUUCAUACACACAAACAAAA